UUUUGCGAAAUCAUUCGGCAUUUUUGUGCCAGUAACUUAAAUACCGAAUGGCGUGUUUCGUUUAUUGUGUAUACAUUAGUUAACGUCAUGCCGGAAAUUAAUUUUAAACACAUUAUUUCGUUCAGCAGCGAGGAUAAAGUACAUAAAGCAGAGAAUUUACUCCGACCAGAUACAUUUCGUAAAUGGAAGUGUUCGUUGGGAGAAAAACAAGCAUCGAUAGUGAUCCAACUAGAAAAGUCGAGUGAAAUACAUUCUAUUGAUAUUGGAAAUGAAAAUUCUGCAUUUGUCGAAGUAUUGGUUGGGAGAUCGGAAGAUCCUAUUAAGGAUUUUAAGGUCUUGCUGGUGACAUCAUCGUUUAUGAGUCCUAUGGAAAGUAAAAAUAGCACAAAUAUCAAUAGAGUUCGGAUGUUUGGUCCUGAAAAACUAUCUAAACCGACAUCUACUGAAAAAUGGGAUUUGGUGAAAAUAGUCUGCACGCAACCCUUUAACAAAACUGUUCAGUUUGGAUUAUCAUUUAUCAAGUUGCAUUCGCCACCAGAGCCAAUUUCGGAAGAAAAUGAUAAACCGGUUCUAAAUCGAAUUGGUAGUUUUCGUAUUAAGGAUGAUGAUGAAGCAGAGCUGAGUGUGGGGAGUUGGUUUGCAAAAAGGAAUGAGAAGGAACCGUCUGUUUCUGGUGCUGCGGCCGUGAGAGAUGCGUCGUCGUUGGCGGCAAAAGUGUUGGAAAUCUCGUCGAAACAAGAUGAAAAAUUAAAAAGUUUUAAUUCAAAAACACCUGUGAAACAAAAAGUAGAGAUUAAUAAAAAAUCACCAAAUAAUAAUGAAUCAAAACAACAGAAAAAAAUAUCAAAAGAAAAUGCAGAAUCAACAAGUAAAAAAAGAAAAGAAGAGUUAGAGCAAACAAAAGUUCCAAUGCCUAAAAAACCAAAAACAAAUACAAAAGACAAACCUUUUAACAAAAUUAUGAAAAAGGUUUUGUUUGUUUUGAGUGGCUUUCAAAACCCAUUUCGCGGUGAACUUAGAGAUAAGGCAAUAGAAAUGGGUGCAAAGUAUAAAGGUGAUUGGGAAAAAGGAUGUACACAUUUAGUUUGUGCAUUUAUGAAUACACCAAAAUAUAAUCAAGUGAAGUCAGCAGGUGGUCGUAUUGUUAACAAAGAUUGGAUUUUAGACUGUUAUAAAAAACAAACAUUAUUGCCUUGGAGAAAUUACAUAUUGGGACAAUAUAAAAAAGAUAGUUCUACAGAAGAGAGUGAAGAUGAAGUUGAUAUUUCAGUGAAUUUGCCUGAUUCUUCAAUAAAAUCUAAAAAUAAACAAGAAGUAAAAGAUAAGGAUAGUAAUAAAAAUAAAGAUUAUAUUGAAAUAAACAGUGAUGAAGAAUAUGCAGCAUCAACUGAUGUUGAUAGCAGGAGUUCAGAUUCUUCAGGUUCUAAUACCGAAGAUGAAAUUAGAAAAGUUCAAAAUAAAGCAAACAACAAUAAUAGUAAUAAUAAUAUCAAUGAUUUCAAAGUGCAAACUCGACCAGAUACAUCAAAGCUCCCUCUUCCAGAAUUACCUAGCUUCUUUAAAGACAAAUGUUUUUUUUUGUAUGGAAAUUAUUCUUCUGAUGAAUUACAUACGUUACAAAGAUAUAUAAUUGCCUUCCAUGGAUCUAUAUCAAACUAUAUGAAUGAAACAGUGAAUUUUGUUGUGACUAAUGCAGCAUGGGAUGAUAACUUCAAUGAUGCUCUUGAAAUAAAUGAAGAUAUAAUAUUUGUGAAACCUCAAUGGAUAUAUGACUGUACAGAGAAAUUGAAACAUAUACCGUAUCAGAGAUUUGUAGUUGUUCCAACUUGAAAAAUACAAGUUUAUUGCCAAUUUGAAAUCAACUGCAAAUAAAUCAUCAUUUUUAUAAAGACAGUUAAAAUAUAUGUAAUAUAUUUUCAUCAUAAUUUCACCUCUGUAAAAAUACAUUUUAAUAA